GAGGACUCCAUUGUUGUUUGCAUCUUUCUCUUUCCCUUCGGCGGUGGUGGGUUCCGUGAGCCGCGUCUUUCCUUCCUUCCGAUGGCGAAUAACAAUUCGCAACAAUCAGGUAGUAGUCCACCACCCAAACCAUGGGAACGAGCUGGUUCAUCAAGUGGACCUGCUCCUUUUAAACCCUCGGCUCCAGGUAGCACAAGUGAUGUUGUUGAGGCUUCUGGAACAGCAAGACCAGGCGAAAUUGUGCCCCCAAAUGAUGCAUCCACAAUUAACACAAAUUCACUUGGGAGGCCUGUACCCUCUAGGCCAUGGGUGCAGCAAAACACAUAUGGAAGCACAUAUGGAGGUUAUGGUGCCAGUUUAAAUUAUAAUUCAGGUUACGCAGCUGGAACAGGAGCUUAUGGUUCUUACGGUGGAUAUGGGGCAUCGGGAUCCUAUAAUACUGGUUUAUAUGGAAAUAGCAUGUAUGGAGGAGGUUAUGGUGGCCUUUAUGGAGGUGGUGGCGGCAUGUAUGGUGGGGGAGGAAUGUAUAACAAUAGUUUUGGAAACCCAAUGGGCGGCUAUGGUAUGGGUAUGGGCGGUCCCGGCGGUCCAUAUGGUGGUGAUCAGGACCCAAAUAAUCCAUUUGGUGCUCCGUCAUCUCCUCCUGGAUUUUGGAUUUCUUUGAUGCGUGUGAUGCAUGGAGUUGUAACUUUCUUUGGCCGGGUAGCCGUGCUGAUAGACCAAAACACUCAAGCGUUUCACAUGUUCAUGUCGGCCCUUCUUCAGUUGUUUGAUCGGUCAGGAAUGUUAUAUGGAGAGUUGGCUAGAUUUGUGUUUCGGCUGCUUGGUUUUAGAAGUAAACGUAACAAGAUUCGACCCUCUGGACCUAACGAACCUCAGAAUUACAUCGAGCCACCCAAGGGUGCACCAACUGGUUCGUGGGAUGGCGUAUGGGGAAACAAUACACACAAUUGAUCCCCUUUGAAACGACUGAGAAAUGGAAGCAAUUGGCUACAUAGAUAGGGUAAUUUUUUUUCCAACUUCUGUAUCCCUUUUUAGAACUGAUUUCAUGAUCUUGAACAAGUAGAAGUUUGUGGUUUUGGUUCAUAUCUUUCAAAAUCAAGUCUUUUGGAUGUGAUGCAUGAUUGGAUGCAUGUACUGAUCAAUGAUUGGUUGAUAUUGUUUAUAAGAGAGAGAGUUGUUCACGGAUAA